AUGGUUUUCCUCCCUGGAAAUUCCUCUUACUGUUCAAAUUGCACCCAGACUGUGGGGAUAGUGAACAAUUUUAAGGCCAUAUUAUUAGGGGUAAUUUUAGGGGGGCUGAUUAUUUUUGGGGUGCUGGGUAAUAUUCUGGUUAUCCUCUCAGUAGCCUGCCACAGACACCUUCAGAGUGUCACCCAUUACUACAUAAUCAACCUGGCUGUUGCGGAUUUCCUCUUAACUUCCACUGUCCUGCCUUUCUCAGCAAUCUUUGAGAUUUUGGGCUACUGGGUCUUUGGGAGGAUCUUCUGCAACAUCUGGGCAGCUGUCGAUGUCCUAUGCUGCACGGCUUCCAUCAUGAGCCUAUGUAUCAUCUCUAUAGACAGAUACAUUGGGGUGAGCUACCCACUGAGAUAUCCAGCUAUAGUGACAGAAAAGAGGGGACUCCUGGCUCUGCUAAGUGUCUGGGCUUUGUCUCUGGUGAUCUCCAUUGGACCUCUCUUUGGCUGGAAGGAGCCAGCUCCAGAAGAUGAGACCAUCUGUCAAAUCACUGAAGAGCCUGGCUACGUAUUGUUCUCUGCUUUUGGCUCCUUCUACCUCCCCUUGACCAUCAUCUUGGUGAUGUACUGUAGAGUGUAUGUGGUGGCCAAAAGAGAAAGCAAAGGCCUGAUUUCUGGCUUGAAAACGGAGAAAUCUCAUUCUGAAGAGGUGACUCUCCGGAUCCAUCGCAAAAACACCUCGGUACAGAGCAGAUCUACAUCCUGCACAAAGAACAAAACACACUUCUCAGUACGUCUCCUGAAGUUCUCCAGGGAAAAGAAAGCAGCCAAGACCCUGGGAAUAGUGGUGGGGUGCUUCAUACUGUGCUGGCUUCCUUUCUUUAUAGUCAUGCCUAUUGGUGUUUUCUUUCCCGCACUCAAGCCCUCAGAAACGGUUUUUAAAAUAACGUUUUGGCUUGGGUAUUUGAACAGCUGCAUCAACCCGAUCAUCUACCCAUGCUCGAGUCAAGAGUUUAAAAAAGCGUUCCAAAAUGUCCUACGAGCCCAGUGUUUCACAAGAAAGAAAGCAGCCAACAAGCAUUCCCUUAGCUUCAAUCUGAACCAGCCAGCUAGUCCAGGUAUGGACGGUGCCAAGGAUGUUGUCCAUAUCCCCGUAGGAUCGGGGGAAACCUUCUAUAGGAUUUCCAAGUCCAAUGGGGUCUGCGAGUGGAAGAUUUUCACCACCAUGCAAAGCAUGUCUACAAAAAGUGCAAUCUCUAAAGACAAGUCCAGCUGCACCAGAGCCAAAGUGAAGAACAAAGGUUUCCUCAGGACAUGCUGCUGUACUGGCACAUCAAGGAGCGUCGCUCGGGAGAACCGUAAAGUGCCGACCAUUAAAAUACACACUAUCUCCCUCAGUGAAAAUGGGGAGGAUGUCUAA